GUAACCACCGAAGCGCCCGAAAUAGUGUCAAGUCAACGAAAUGAGCACAGCUUCACGGCUAGAAGAGACGGAUGCCUCUUGCCUCAUUGCAAAGCUCGACAUUGUCUGAGCUCGCUUUGCAGGUAUAAAAAGACACCGAAUUUCCUCGAAGAAUGGAAACAAUCUACCAUUUCCAUCCAACACUCUUUCCCGCUCUCUCUUUCAACACUAAAACAGAAUCAAAUUCAUUUAUUCUCGAUCUAUAAUUCUUGACAAUGGCACCCAUUAUGAAGUUCUUCUAUGCUGGUCUGCUCGCAGCCAGCACCCUCACCUCCGCUGCAUUUGCCAGCUCCCUAUUUGACAACGCUGGCGUCGCCAUUGAGGCUAGAGAAGUCAACUUCCUGGCUGAGGGCGUCGACACCCCAGUUAGCAUCGAGGUCACCAACGGCGUCGCCGUUCGCAGCGCCGACGAGGUUGACGCUUCGCUCGAGAAGCGCGUCUUCACCUCCCCUCAUGUCCGCAAGGCUUUUAAGAUCGUUGCCGGCAACAUGAUCUCGGCCGCCUCCUGUGCCUUCAACUUCUGGGUCGAAGAGGACUACACGGGCAAGUGCACGGUCUGGUACAGCGGAGUCACCGGCGGAGGUGUUUCGACCCCCAAGAUUGGCGUCAAGGGCGCUACCUUCAUCUCCAAGACUGGCAGCGAGCUCGACUUGAAGGUUCCUUUGAUUGUCAAGGGCUUCUACGCUGGAAAGGAGCUCAUCGUUCACUUCGUCGUUCACAUUCUCAGCGACGCUGGUGAGACUUCUGUUCAGUACUUUUACGACCGUCCCACGGCUACUAUCGGCGGUCAGACUGCUCCCGUGACCAGCUGGGACUUUGUCAACACCAAGUAAACGUUAUCCUUUACAGCCAGUGGAGCUUCGAGAAGAGGCUGCGAUACAAGCAAGUGCAGAUAUGCAGAGUGUCUUACAUUAGUAAAGUACUUAUCUAUAUUGUGUCCUUAUGAUCGGCGUCCGACUCUUGGGAAAGUGCGGAGACAAGAACCAAUCUGCUUUAAGCCGAUGUGAAACUUCAGUAGAGUAGUUCAAUGCAUCAACUUUCUGCACACC